GUUUUCUUUUUCAUAUAAAAUAAUGUAUCAUUCUUCACAUCCUUUAAUAAUGAAUGCUGUUUGUAAUAAAAGAAAAGAGACUAGUCACAUUGAGCAAGAAAUAAUAGGGCCAUUAGAUACAAAUCAGACUAGAAUUCACUCUCCUAAAAUGGGACAUGAUAUUAUAAUAGAUAAUAACAAUAAAAGACCUCGCUAUGAAUCAAAUUGGACACUGGAUGAUUUAUGUACGCAUCCUUGUAGUCCUUUAGCAUCCAUUGACUUGGAGUCAGUAUUUAAUAUGUCUACAUUCCAAUUAUUAUCGCAGGAUAAAAGAGAUGAACUGUGUUCAUUAGUACCAGAGAUAGAUCAAAGUACACUAUUAAAUCAUCAAAAUGAUUAUUAUGAAGGCAACAGUUAUUUAAAUCACCAUAAUAUAGACUAUUAUAACUAUUAUCAUAAUCAACCUUAUUCCCCUUAUCAAUGUCAAAUCGGCAAUGGUCACAGUAAUUUCUUUUCGAAAGCAGGAAAUCCUGUUUUCUGGAAUAGCUUAACAGAAUGGCAGGCAAUGCUGAGUCAGAGUGAAUUGAUAGAUCAAGCUGAUUCUCCUCCCUUAACUUUAUCUCCACCAGUAACAUCUACUAGGAAUAAUAGCACGGCUAGUAACAAAUCCACUACUUCAUCAUCGUCAUCAUAUCGUAUUCAUAAGCCAACUAUGAAUAAAUCUUCCUCUAAUAGAUUAAAUCAUCCUUCUUCUUCUUUAUCUACCAAAAAAUCUAAAUUAAAGGAUGAUACUGCUUUUGAGCCUUAUUGGAGUGAAUUAACUGAUAAAGAUAAAGCACAUAAUGUUGCAGGUGAAUCCAAAAGUAUUACAUUAAAAGAUAUGUGUCGUAAAGGGUUAAUACGUGAACAAGAUGUUAUUGUUUAUAAACGCAAUUUUAGUGCAUCAAAAGUAGUUGUCUCCAAGUCUAUGACAGUUGUAAAGGCUUGUGGAUUCUCUGGCAUAUCCAUCAAGUUAGAUGAAGACAUUUUUGAAGACUUUGAAACACCUACUGCCUUAGAGACUAAAAUAUUAGACCAUCAUGGUAAAGUCACGAAAGAUAAACGUCCAAAUGGAAAUGCUUUUAAAAGCAUUCGUUUAAUUCGUGAUGGAAAAGAUAUGGGAAGACUAUUUGAUAUCAGAAAAGAUGGUUUUGGCGAUCAAAUCUAAACUUUUAUCAUCAAAAAAAUUCACUUUUUCUUCUUCUUUUUUUUUU